GGGAACUUGCUUAGCUGUCCCAAGAGCUGGAGGUUUGUCUACUUGGAGCCGAUGGGGGACCUGAGAGAGGGUUUCAUCAUGGGAAGAGGCUAUUACAGUGUUGUAACAGCUGUACUGCUGGUCAUGAAUCUUGAGAGGACCGGUUCCAUGAGGGCAUCCUGUGGCCACUGUGAGGCUGGUACUUUCUGUGGGACAGACAAGAGCCAUCUCUGCAGCCCCUGUCCUCCAAGCAGCUACUCCAGCUCAGGCGGACAAAGGGCCUGCAACAUAUGCACAAGAUGCGAAGGUCAUUUCAGGAUCAAGAAGGCCUGCUCCCCAACCCAUGAUGCAGAGUGUGAGUGCAUAUCAGGGUUCCACUGCCUGGGGUCAGAAUGCACCAAGUGCGAACCGGACUGUAAGCAAGGUCAAGAAUUAACCAAAGACGGUUGUAAAGACUGUGGCCCUGGGAUGUUUAAUGACCAGGAAGGUGGCACCUGUCGACACUGGACAAACUGUUCUUGGGAUGGAAAGUCUGUACUUAGGAAUGGGACAAAGGAGAAUGAUGUGCUCUGUGGACCACAUUUGGCCUCCUUCUCUCCAGGACACUCUCCGCAGAUCCUCACCUUCUUUGUGGCACUGAUGUCAGCAGCAGUGUUGUUCCUGCUCUUCUUCCUUGUACUCUGGCUCUCUGUGGUCAAAUGGAGCAGAAAGAAGUUCCUGUACAUAUUCAAGCAGCGUAAGGCCAGCAUAACAGGUCAACAAGCCCUUCUCCCCUCACCGCCCCCGCACCGGCACCGUGUGCAGCAGCUGCAGCGGCGAUUAAAUGGCAACACCUCGGGCCAUGUGACCAAGCUGGGGACAGUCACAUCACCGCUGUGCCUGUCCAGAAUACCAGAAGAGGUGAAGGUGGCAGCAGCAGAGAGGGCGCACUUGGGAUGCAGCUUGUGUCUUUCCCAUCCCUUACGGGCUAAGCAGGACGGCAGCGGUCUGGCUGGGCCCCGGGGGCCAUUGAGUCCCAAGGACCAGAUCCCGGCCUCCUCGUCCACAGCACCAGGCCACAGGGGCCCUGAGGAGCCUCUGAGAACUGCGUGUGAGCGAGCUGAGGAGAGUUAA